CGUCCGUGGCGGAGGGGGAAACUGGCCGCACCGACUGCGCUGUCGGAUUGGGGCAGCCGCGAGCGAGUGGAUCGGGCAACUCCCAAGGAGAAGACACAGGCUGACCGGCGGGUGCUGGGAAGCUAGGAGCAGGCUGUCCCCGCGGGUCUGUGAAGAAGGUCAGCAGCUCCAGAGGGUGCCAGUCAGCUUUAAGAAAAGUAGAAAUCACUCCUGACUAUAUUGAAUAGCAAAAAUUAAGUGACUUUUCCUAUACUGCAAAUCAUGGCACUACCAUUCCGGAAGGACUUAGAAAAGUACAAGGACCUGGAUGAAGAUGAGCUCCUUGGAAAUCUAUCAGAAGUAGAACUAAAACAACUAGAAACUGUUCUCGAUGAUCUUGACCCUGAGAAUGCCCUUCUGCCUGCAGGGUUCCGGCAGAAGAACCAGACUUCAAAGUCCGCCACAGGACCAUUUGAUAGAGAACAUCUCCUUUCAUACCUGGAGAAGGAGGCACUGGAGCAUAAGGACAGGGAAGACUAUGUGCCCUACACUGGAGAAAAAAAGGGGAAAAUAUUUAUCCCUAAACAGAAGCCUGUACAGACUUUCACAGAAGAAAAAGUAUCUCUUGACCCAGAAUUAGAAGAAGCUUUGACAAGUGCUUCUGAUACAGAAUUGUGUGACCUUGCAGCUAUCCUUGGGAUGCACAAUUUGAUAACGAAUGCACAGUUAUGUAAUAUAGUGGGAAGUAACGGUGUCGACCAAGAACAUUUUUCGAAUGUGGUGAAAGGUGAAAAGAUUCUUCCAGUAUUUGAUGAGCCACCAAAUCCAACCAAUGUUGAAGAGAGUUUAAAGAGAAUUAAAGAAAAUGAUGUUCGUCUUGUUGAAGUCAAUUUGAAUAAUAUAAAGAAUAUUCCAAUCCCGACUCUAAAAGAUUUUGCAAAAGCUUUGGAAACCAACACACAUGUGAAAUGUGUCAGUCUCGCAGCUACCCGGAGCAAUGACCCUGUUGCUGUUGCUUUUGCAGAUAUGCUGAGAGUGAACAAAAAUUUGAAGAGCUUAAAUCUGGAGUCCAACUUUAUUACAGGAGCUGGGAUCCUAGCGCUGAUUGAUGCUUUGAGAGAUAAUGAAACCCUGGCAGAGCUCAAGAUUGACAAUCAGAGGCAGCAGUUGGGGACAGCUGUGGAAUUGGAAAUCGCCAACAUGCUUGAGGAAAAUACAAAUAUCCUUAAAUUUGGAUAUCAGUUUACACAGCAGGGACCCCGAACCAGAGCGGCGAAUGCUAUAACAAAAAACAAUGACUUAGUUCGCAAAAGACGAGUUGAAGGAGACCACCAGUAAACCCACCAAGAUCCAAUCUUUGGGAGACUUUAAAAGGUCACCAAGGGCUCAUGUUGGUGAUGUCAGAUGUAAAAUUCUCCUGGGUAGACGGGAAAAGACUGGAAAUGUUUUUUUUUUAGCUACAUGUAUCUUUUUUCUAGUUUACCAUUGUUAUCAGUUUCAAAUUGCAAAAUCAGUAGUAGGCGAUAUUUUGUAUUUUAUAACAUUUCUUUUGCUAAAAUCAGUUUUAAUUUAGUUUAAAUGGUUUGUGAUGUGUCAUG